GUCUCAUCAUUCUUCACCAUUUGAAUGUCAACGUCCCAUCGCCCACCCCACCUUUCGACAACGGCUCAGCAUUCUUGGGCCUUGCGUUUUAGCACGUGGGGUAAUGAUUUGCUAGGAAUAGCUCACGAAUGGCUGUGAAAGGCAGAGAGUACGAAGGUUGCAUGAAAUGAAAACCUGUGGAUCGGUACCUGCCGAUACUUUCCUGUAGCUCCCUCCCCCUCUGGAAUCUCCACGAGUAAAGUGCCUACGUAGUAAGGAAGCAGAGAAACGGGCAAUGAUAAGAAGCGCCAGCAAGUCAGUCAGUCUGGCGAGAAAGGGCCAAAUACUCCAUCGACAUUUACUGUGGGUGUUGGCUACUAUUGCCCCUCACUAGUCCGUUUCUGGUCAAACCCUUCUCUGUUCGAGAGCUCUAAAGGGAAACCCGAGAAAAAAAUAAAGUUGGACAUUAAAUACUGGACAUCCCCAACCUGCAUCAAUUUUCGAUUCGAUAUAGAUAGGUAUACGAGCACUUAUUUUAUCGCGAAGAUCAUUGUCAUUGUAUCAAGUUUGCAGCCUCACAUCACAUCACAUCAUAUCAUCGUAUCACUCGAAGUCCUUCUUGUACAACCUACUUUGUUUCUUCAUCACCCACUAGGAUCUUCCCUCCUUCUCGUCCAGUCAACUUCUACUUCCAUAUCAAGGCAGCAAGCAAUACUACGGCACGGUGGUCACCGCAGCUAUCGUGCAGGUCCACGUGUAUCACAUAAGAAAACAUCUGGUUUUGAUCUUCUACAUAUCUACUACCUUACAAACACCACACAUACUCAACGUCAUUUCUUGUUGGCUCCUGAAUGUGGCAUUUGGCAUGAGAUAUAGUCAUGAUUUGCAUGUGAUCUGAUCGACCUCCCGCCACCUGCAAGCCUUGAUCUGGAGAGACCUUACUUCUUCUACCAGUCAGUUCUGAUUUCGUUGCUCCAGGGCUUUAAGACUGCAAGCAGUCUAUCAUGAAGUUUGGAAAGCAAAUCCAAAAGAGGCAGCUCGAAGUGCCCGAGUAUGCAGCUAGUUUCGUCAAUUAUAAAGCUCUGAAGAAGUUUGAUGAAGAAGUUUUCACCAUUCACUAACACCACAAUAGCUCAUCAAGAAGCUCUCCGCUACUCCUAUAAUUCUUGCGCAGAAUGAUCUUCACCGUUCGGCACCGGUUCUUGAUUCACAGGCCGCGUUGCAAGCAAAUAAGGCCACCUUCUUCUUUCAACUGGAGCGAGAACUAGAGAAAGUCAAUGCCUUUUACCUCCAAAAGGAAGCUGAGCUUAAAAUCCGGCUGAAGACUUUACUGGAUAAGAAGAAGGUUCUUCAAUCCCGCAGUCAAAAUACUUCAAGAAGAUCUGCCAAAUUCACCACUCUGGAAGAAGGCUUCCAACAAUUUGGCAAUGAUCUGAAUAAGCUUCAACAAUUCGUCGAGAUCAAUGGCCUGGCAUUUUCUAAGAUCUUGAAGAAAUGGGACAAGACUUCCAAAUCAAAAACGAAGGAACUCUAUCUUUCAAGAGCUGUUGAAGUACAACCAUUUUUCGAUGCAACUGCUAUCAGCGAAUUAUCUGACCAGGCCACUACAAGUUUACAAGAACUUGGAGCUUGGUCCGAAGGCGAUAAUGUUAACUUUGAAAGAAGUCAAGAACACAUUGUCAGUAGUCAACAUUUGUUAGGCACCGAUGAAGGUGACGCCGAUACCUUAUUAUUGGAAGCUGUCAUUUCCGGAAAUCUUGACUCUUUAAAAGAUCUUCUUCAACGUAUGAAUUCCGCAGCAGGUCCUAACGGUACUAGGGAUCUGGCACUGAUGGAAAGAAUUACUCGAACAUUCCUUGCAGCAAUCAAUGAAGGCCCCCAGCAAUCAUUGCAAUUGCUUUUGGAUACCGGCUUGGUUGAUGUACAGUCUGAAGAUGAUAUAAAUGAGCGCAAUUGCCUUCAUCAAGCUACGAUUUAUGGAAACUGUUUCGUGUUGACUGUUGGACUUUCUAAGGGAGUGACGAUUAGCCGAACUGACGUAUAUGGGCGGGUACCAUUGCAUUAUGCGUGUAUGCAUGGCCGACUUGAUAUGAUGGAGGAGCUGUUGAAUGCGGAUCAUUCUACUAUCGAUCUAAUAGAUCAUGACAACUUCACGCCUCUUAUACAUGCAAUUAUUCAUGGCCAUAUAGAAUGUGCUCAGAGGUUACUUGCGCGAUCUGCCAGAAUUGACCCGAUAUCCGAGGCAGAUCAUGUGCCUCUAAACCUGGCUUGCGAAAAUGGCUCCAUCGCAAUCGUUGAACUUCUGCUUAAACACGGUGCCAAGAUUCUUCCAGAUGCUGAAGGUCUAUACCCCCAGCAUCUCGUUGCACGAUCUGGUCAGACGCCACAAUUACUUCUUUUGUUGAAGAGCUAUGGUGCGGAUCUCAACCAAAUCGACAAACUUUACUCAUGGACACCACUCUUUCACGCAGCUAGUGAAGGAAAUGUUCCAUGUAUGCAAACUUUACUGGAUGUUGGUGUUGAGACUCAUGUUCGUGAUGAAAAAGAUCUUUCCGCCAUGUAUUAUGCGGCAUGGGAAGGGUAUCUCGAAUGUAUGAGACUCCUGUCCUUGAUUCCGCAGCCACCUACCGGUGGGAAGGCCAUCGCAGUCCCAGUUAUUGGAUCCACAAUGGGAAGCAGUGCCCCUAUGCCCAUGAGCAUUGAUGCUGAUGGUAUACCUGACUUGGAAUUGCCGCCUCCUAUUAUUCCAUUACGACGAUACGGUCAUAAUUUCCUCGACACGAAAACUUUCAUACAGAUUAGCUUUGCGGAAGAGAAUGGAGAGCAACCAAUGAUCUUUUUCCAUGGCAGCAAAUAUCCUGCUGCACGUCUCACCAUUUCUUCCAAACUUUCGGAUUUGAUACCCAAAAACAUUUUACUCCCAUUUCAGGAAGAUACCCGACUUGUUUCAUUUCAAAUUGAUAAUUUAGAUUCUUUCGCCAUCGAUUUCGAUGUUUUUCCUACAUACGGCGCUAAAGUCAUUGCAAAGACUGUCGCAUUACCUAGCACAUUUCGAGCAUUAGAGAGUAGUUCCGGUCGUUGUUGCUUGCCACUAUUCGAUCCACGGUUAAGGGCUAUUGGCCAAAUUACUUUCAAUUUCCAAGUCAUCAAACCGUUUCAAGGAAAGCCGCUAGAGAUCACCGAUUUCGAAACUUACUGGAAAGCUACGAGCCAAUUCGAUUCCAGGCCAAGUGCUUUCAUCACCGGAUCUAGUUUAUCUGGAGAUUAUGUGCAACUUUUCGUCCAACAUACUUGUGAUGGAGUCCCAGUUCUUUGGCCAAGUUGGAACAUUACCUAUAAUGCCAUCGAAUUUCCAGUCUGCCGCCUAACCUAUGCGCAAUUUUUAAGUGCGGGAUCGGGCCAAAACAAAUCAAGUAGGGAUUUAUCUGCCUUACCUGGAAUGCCUUUAGCGAACAUCACCGAAAUCCAUGAUAUACUUGCGGCAUCGACCGUAUCGCUCGAAGAUGCGCUUUCUCUACUCCCAAAAGGUAUGCAUGUUAACCUACAAAUCUUAUAUCCAACCUUGGAAGAAGAGAACGUCAUGCAGCUUAGCCCGACGGUAAACAUCAACGCAUUUGGUGACGCCAUUCUCAAAGUGGUUUUUGACCACGCAAGAACUCUUCGAGAACAAUCCCCAGAUGCAAUGAGGUCGAUCGUUUUUAGCUCAUACAACCAUACUAUCUGCACGACUCUAAAUUGGAAACAGCCCAAUUACCCGGUUUUCUUAUGCAAUGAUCUGGGUCGCGAAUGGGAAGCAGGUCAACAACUUGGAGUAGAAAUUAGUGGAAGGAGAACUACCUCCAUCAAGGAAUCGGUUAGAGUUGCAAAGAGCAAUAAUUUCAUGGGCUUGAUUUGCUGUUCCAGACUUUUGGAUAUGGUACCAGCAUUGAUCGAAGCCAUAAAGUCACAAGGACUUGUAUUGGUGAUUGAUAAAUCCGCAGAACCGGUUGACGAAAGGAGAUUAUUUAGUGAUCCGUUCCCACGUUUGCCGGAUGGGGUUGAUGGGGUUCUGAAGGCAAAUGGCGUAUUGAGAUUUAAUGAAAGCAUUGAUAUGUAGGCAGCUGGGCAAGGUAGCUUAAAUGAUGGGGUUACUAGCUUUGAUGGGAUGAAUUGAAAUGCAAACAUCUAAAGAGAAAGAAACA